AUGAAAAUUUUGUCAUUAAUUGUUAUUUUGUUGAUAGUCAGCUCUUCGGCAAGACAAGAUUCUGUUGAAUAAUUACUUAAUAAAAUGAAGAAUAACAUUUAAGUUAAAGAGGAAAUAAUCUAAAUUCUAUAAAGUGGGGACCCAACAAGUUUACAAAAAGCUGAAAUUCCAGGGAAUGAAAAAAUAAGUACAUUUUUGUUUAAAAUAGAUGAUUCCACCAUCAAGUCCAUAUUCUUUACAACAGUGAAUAAAACUUAAUAUAAUUAUACAAACACUUCUUAUCCUAAUUCAACCUAUAAUUAUACAUAUGAAAGUGGUUAACCAUCCUAUAACUUUGCAACAUAUAGUAAUUCAAGUAAUACAUCAAAUACAACCAAUAACACAAACUUGACAAAUGCCAGCUAUCCUUAUUAAUAUAACUACUCAUAUCCAUAAUAAAAUACCAAUACUAAUUAUUAUACCUAUAGUAAUUCUAGUAAUACAUCAAAUACAACCAAUAACACAAACUUGACAAAUGCUAGCUAUCCUUAUUAAUAUAAUUACUCAUAUCCAUAAUAAAAUACCAAUACUAAUUACUAUACAUAUAGUAAUUCUAGUAAUACCUCAAAUACAACCAAUAACACAAACUUGACAAAUGCUAGCUAUCCUUAUUAAUAUAAUUACUCAUAUCCAUAAUAAAAUACCAAUACUAAUUACUAUACAUAUAGUAAUUCUAGUAAUACCUCAAAUACAACCAAUAACACAAACUUGACAAAUGCUAGCUAUCCUUAUUAAUAUAAUUACUCAUAUCCAUAAUAAAAUACCAAUACUAAUUACUAUACAUAUAGUAAUUCUAGUAAUACCUCAAAUACAACCAAUAACACAAACUUGACAAAUGCUAGCUAUCCUUAUUAAUAUAAUUACUCAUAUCCAUAAUAAAAUACCAAUACUAAUUACUAUACAUAUAGUAAUUCUAGUAAUACCUCAAAUACAACCAAUAACACAAACUUGACAAAUGCUAGCUAUCCUUAUUAAUAUAAUUACUCAUAUCCAUAAUAAAAUACCAAUACUAAUUACUAUACAUAUAGUAAUUCUAGUAAUACCUCAAAUACAACCAAUAACACAAACUUGACAAAUGCUAGCUAUCCUUAUUAAUAUAAUUACUCAUAUCCAUAAUAAAAUACCAAUACUAAUUACUAUACAUAUAGUAAUUCUAGUAAUACCUCAAAUACAACCAAUAACACAAACUUGACAAAUGCUAGCUAUCCUUAUUAAUAUAAUUACUCAUAUCCAUAAUAAAAUACCAAUACUAAUUACUAUACAUAUAGUAAUUCUAGUAAUACCUCAAAUACAACCAAUAACACAAACUUGACAAAUGCUAGCUAUCCUUAUUAAUAUAAUUACUCAUAUCCAUAAUAAAAUACCAAUACUAAUUACUAUACAUAUAGUAAUUCUAGUAAUACCUCAAAUACAACCAAUAACACAAACUUGACAAAUGCUAGCUAUCCUUAUUAAUAUAAUUACUCAUAUCCAUAAUAAAAUACCAAUACUAAUUACUAUACAUAUAGUAAUUCUAGUAAUACCUCAAAUACAACCAAUAACACAAACUUGACAAAUGCUAGCUAUCCUUAUUAAUAUAACUACUCAUAUCCAUAAUAAAAUACCAAUACCAAUUACUAUACAUAUAGUAAUUCAAGUAAUACUUCUAAUACAACCAAUAAUUCUAAUCUUUCAACAUCAGCCAGAUAGAAACUUUAGCAAUCUAAAAUAAGCUUAAAAUUGAGAAAUCAAGAAAUUAAAUCCUAAUUAACCAACUCAACUCAAACUGUUAUGUUUUAUAAUUAAUCUAUGCAGUCAUAUUAAUAGAUAGUUAUUUUUAAUUAAACAGAUCUAUAUAAACCAAAAUCAGAUAAUAAUUCUAUAUAUUACUAUUACAAUGAUAAUGAAUUGAUCACCUUAGAAAAAAUAUAUGACUAAAAUGGUAAUAUAGUAUAUAGAAAUGCUACUUUGUAAUUUAGUAUAGUUGUUUACAAGCCACCUAUGGGUAAUACUUAUUCUUUAGGAUAUAAUAAUGCUGUAUUCUAUGGUACUUUAGUUUAAAGUUCAUCUGGAAUAAAUGCUAAUUAUUAGUAUUCACACGAAUAAGUUAAUUCAAAUGGUCUUUAAUACUUUAGCAAUUACACAGGCCAAGAUAAGUAAAGUAGCGGAUAAGGAGAAUUUAAUUAUCAUAAUGGUUAAGGAUAAGCAUAAUUGAAUAAAUCUUCAUCUGAAACUUAACAAUAGUAAGAGUAAAUUUAUCAAAAUACAGAAUCUGUUAAUUAAUAAUAUACUAAUCAAAACUUUAAUUCUUAAAGUAACGUUUAAUAAUUCAAUGGAGAAUUUGAUAGAAACUAUAAUUCAUCAACUAGCAGCAAAUUACAAGAUUCAACAAAUUACCAAACUUAAUAUACAUAAAACUAAUAUGAUGUAAAUGGAAUUAAUAAUACAAGUACUUCAAGUUCAUCUUCAUACUAAACUUAUGAGAGUUAAUCAUAAUAAUCAAAUUAAGAUGGAUAGUAUACAAAAACAUACUCAUCAAAUCAAAGUAACGUUUUCAAAAACGAAUAAAUGAGUGAAUAUUAAGAUGGUACAUAAUCCAUAUCAAAUUAAACAAUAAACUAAUAAUCUUUCUAAAAUACAAAUAACAGCACUACAUAAAACAAUGGAACUUAUGGAUCUUACUAAUCUUAAUAAUCAAAUUCAGCUAAUACAAUUCAUGCUAAUGUCAACCAAGUUUCAAACUCCACAUUUAGUGAAAAUAUUUACAAUGUUACAUUAAAUGAUAUUUAAAGUGAAAAACAAAUAAACUAAUAGAUUUUAGAAGGAGCUGUCAAUUAAUCAAUUAAUUCUACUUUCAUAAAUGUAUUAAAUCAAACAAACAUUGAUAAUGUUGAUUUAGGAUCCGGAAAUUUAACUACAAUAGAUAGUUAAGCAACUUAAAUUAAUAGAGAAUAUUCUCAAUCAGGCAAUAAUCCUGUUGAAUCUAGUACAUCAAGUUCUUCUUCUGAAUUCUAAAAAGCAUUUGAAACUCCAAAAUAAUAAUUCAACUAAUUAAGAGGAUCAAAGAGACAAGCAUCCGGAUCAUGGAAAUAAUUAGAUGAAAAUAACUUUAGUAAUUCUAAUUAAUUUGUAAUUGAAGAGGCAAUCAAUGAAGUGAACACUAAAUUUAAUCCUCAAAUGGAAGGAUUUGAAUUUGAUUCAAUAGUUAGUGUUCAUGAAUAACUUGUAGCUGGAUUCAAUUACAAUAUUAAGUUAAGAUAUUUGAACAACUAAUUAGAAUAAUAAAUUUAUGAAGUAGUCAUAUAUUCAAUGUAAAAAUUAUUGUAAUUAUUAAUAGUCCUUGGGCAAAUAAGCCAGAUCAAAUUACAAGUUGUACCAGAUUUGAUCAAUAAAACGAAUGAA